UCUCUGAUUAUGUAUCACAAGAGAACUUUGCACAACAUUCUGCAUACUAGGCAGCUAUCAUUGCCCAUAUGGACAAAAUAAGAGGCUCAGUUAUUUUGUGAAAGACCCCUACUACAGUAAUGUAAUUAAGAAUGGGGGUAGUUUAUGUGCUAGAGUUUGCACUUACAGAGGGAAGAAGUACUGUAGAUCUUAUGAAUCUAUAGUUUGUACAAGUAACAUUUAGAAGUAUUAAGUAACAUAUUUCAUAUUUCUCUCAAAGCAAAUAAACGCAGCAGUGUGUCACUGUUUUCACACCACAAGAUAACAUACACACCCUUUUUCUAACAGGCAGACUCAUACACCCUACCUCUGCUACCAAGGUUUAAUAUGGCAAUGUGUAUGCGGGUUAGGGUGUGGGUCCUUUCGGCUCCCACCCAGAAGCCAUGUCCCCACCUCACCAAUCUUCAUCUCCUCCCUUAAAGCAAUUCCAACUCACUCCAAGCGGUUUUGGAACUGGUUGAACAGGUCAGGGGAAGAAAGACAACGAGGAAAAAAAAGUACAUUGGUGGAUCCUCCCACCACCGUUAUUUCACAACCUGUUCCUUUAGUGCAGGCACUUGAGACUUCAUCAAUGCUCAUCCAGGACCAGAAAGGUCAAUUCCUGGAGUUGGGGGAGCUAGCUGCAGCCCUCCAGCUGUUGGGCUACAACUAAUAAUAUCUUUGAGUGGCCAGGCUCAAUAACAACUUCUUGAAGAUAAUGGCUUUCCUGUCUCAAUGACCUUAUUUUAUUCUGGAUGAAGAUUCGCUAUUCAUUUACUGACAUAACUGGAAAAUACAAUCUAGAUUUACCAGAGCAUGAGAACAGCCUUUGGGCUUAUUAGAAGGAAAGAGGUCAGUACCAUCUCAGACUAUCAACCGGCAUUUCCCAAAUUCUUUUUUUUUUUUUUUUUUGGCAAGACUGGAUUUUUAUGAAAUCUCCUAUUGACUGGAAGAAAAACUGAGCUAAGAACCAACGGAACAUUCAUUAUACGUUAGGAUAUAACGAUACCAGAACAUAUUUCAAAGUAUUUUUCCAAUUUUAUUCCUAAAUAUUAGGAAUUGAUAUCACACCUUCAUAUCAUCCUGAAUAUAAUCAAGGAAACUAUUCUUGCUUUUUUUCCCCCUGAAAUAGUUACAUAACUGGGGAUAAUAAAAAAAAGACUUUGCCACAUUCAUAGGAGACUUAUCUUUCAGAGCACCAGGAACAGGAAUUAUCUGAAAAUAUUAUAAAUUCUAUAUAAAAUAUUAUUUCAAUUUACAACUAACCUGUACUGAACAUAAUAAAGGAAAAUACAUUAUAUUAUGGAUAAUUUAUCGGCUUCUGGAACAGUAUUUGCCUAACUCUACCUCAUACUGGACCCGAAGUAACUUAUCUCUUGGACCUUGUUUUUGGAUAAUUGGUUAUUUUGCAUGUUGUUUUCUAAUCCUCAGUGGGUUUAAAGCAGAGGGCAUAAUAGCUGGAAUGCUACUAAACAUAGCUGUAUGUCACUCUAACUUUAACUGAUAUAGGUAAAAUAUGUAACUAUACAAGACAAAGCAAAUAGUGCACUUUAUAGGCCUAUCUACUACCCCGAUAUCCAGAACAGAUAGAGCUUGGAGUUGUGUAAAAGAGCACACCGUUACUGUGGCGGAUACCUGAGAAGUUAAACUGAUAGAAGAUGCCUAGGGCAUUUCUGGUGAAGAAAACAUUUUUGGACUCAGCAAAGAAGAAGUGGGGAGAGGUGCCUGAUGAGGACAGAGGAGAUGUAUAUGUGCCAGUGGGCCUAGGAUACGUGCUUCAGCAGAAGGCAGAGCCCGAGUUAGACAAUGAGGAGGCUCUUGACCUGUCACUUCAUCACCUCCGCUGUGUGUCAAAUUCCCCUUCAUGCCAAGUGACAGAAGGAAGGCAAGAACAAGCACCAGGAACCCAAGACAAAGUUCCUAUGAUUCAGGGCGAGCAAAGAUUACUCUUUCACUGUGCUUUGUGUGAAAAGAGCUUCUCAUUUCAACGCAUGCUGAACCGCCACAUGAAGUGCCACAGUGAGGUCAAGAGGCAUCGGUGUGAGCAUUGUGGGAAAGGUUUCAACGACACGUUUGACCUGAAGAGGCAUGUACGCACCCAUACAGGUGUUCGCCCAUACAAAUGCCACCUCUGUGAAAAAGCCUUUACGCAACGUUGCUCACUGGAGUCACACCUAAAGAAGAUCCAUGGCGUGCAGCAGAAUUAUGCCUAUAAGGAACGCAGAACCAAACUCUACGUCUGUGAGGAUUGUGGUUUCACUGCUGACAGCCAGGAGAGUCAACUCCACCACCUUCAAGACCAGCAUCCUACUAGUCCCCUGUUAAAUCGAACCUCCAAGAAGUUAGCUGUAGUUCUGCAGAAUAGUGUCACUACACUGCUGCAGGCUGGUCCUAUUAUCUGAAUCCUUAGGUCCAGUUGUUAUAAUUAGCACUGAGUAAAUUUCAAUAUGUAUAUUUUUUUUACUGGAGCCCAAUUUUUACAGAUUAAAAACAUGCUUCUCAGA